AUUCCACAAUAUUAAUGGGUAGUCAUUUAAUUUCACCUUUCAUUCAACCUAUCAUCUAACGCCACAUAAGUUGGAGUUGCAACCCCAGUAGAUAAUCAUUUAAUUCCACCUUUCAUUCAACCUAUCAUCUAGCGCCACAUAGGUUGGGGUUGCAACCCUAAUAGAUAGUCAUUUAAUUCCACUUCAUUCAACCUAUCAUCUAGCGUCAUCUAGACUGAGGUUGCAACCCUAGCUGGGCUAAAUAGCAUUACUCAUUUCUUCCUAUUUAUUUUCCGUUACUUCAGUUCUCCGCCCAAUUUCCUCACUAACUAUACAUAGCUUACUAUCGAGAACAAUUUCAAUAAUUCAUGGCUGAAGUAGAAGUAACACAAAAACCUGUUCAAGAGAUGGUAGAAAAUGGGAUUCAGUUUCCAAAUGAAUAUAUUUGGAAAGAUGCUAAUUAUGGAGUCAUAGAUGCAUUUGCGCCACUCGCAGAAAUUCCAGUUAUUGAUAUUGCUCGUUUGAAUAAUGUCGAAGAACUCGACAAACUUCGAUCGGCUCUCACCUCAUGGGGAUGCUUUCAGGCAAUCAAUCAUGGAAUUGAAUUUUCCCUUCUGGAAAAAAUACGUGAAGUUGGUAGACAGUUUUUUCACCUUCCUAUGAUGGAGAAGCAAAAAUAUGCCAGAGAGGCAGGCAAAAUAGAUGGAUAUGGGAAUGAUAUGAUUCUUUUCGAGAAUCAAACGCUUGAUUGGUUUGAUCGGCUGAUGCUUUUAGUUCAUCCAGAAAAUGAGAGAAAACUCAAAUUUUGGCCUGAAAAUCCACAAUCUUUUAGGGCUAUAUUGUUCGAAUAUGCUACAAGGAUUGAGCAGAUAGAAGAACAACUAUUGAAGUCUAUGGCGAGAUCAUUGAAUUUAGAAGAGGACUGCUUCUUGAAGCAAUGUGGUCAGCUCAAACGAUUGGCUGCGCAAUUCAACUAUUACCCUCCUUGUCCAAGGCCUGAUUGUGUCCUUGGACUCAAGCCACAUGCUGAUGCUACGACAGUAACCAUUCUCCUGCAAGAUGAAGAGAUAGAAGGUCUACAAGUCAUGAAAGAUGAUAAGUGGUUUCGUGUUCCUAUAAUCCCUGGUGCUCUUCUCGUUAAUGUUGGUGAUCAAAUAGAGAUAAUGAGUAAUGGAAUUUUUAAGAGCCCAGUGCACAGAGCAUUAACAAACUCCAAGAAGGAGAGGAAAACUCUAGCCAUGUUCUGUGCUUCAGAAGUUGGAAAAGAGAUUGAACCAGUGGGGAAACUUAUUAAUGACAAUAGGCCAAGAUUAUACAAGGCAGUGAGAGAUUAUCAUGAGACUUUUAUCUUCUCCUACCAGCAGGGAAAGAGGGCAAUUGAUGCAGUGAAAAUGUAGUUAUGACAUGAUCUUUAUUUUUACAGUAAAUCAUGUAGUCUCAAGGAUCAAGGGAUUCCAAGACAAGCUCUUUCUUCCUUCUCUUUGUGUGUUGUGUAGCUGCAAUAAAUAGUGGGUGAUCUUACCAAAUUUAGAUCUACCCUUUCCC